AUGGAGACGCCGCUGACCGGCUCGGGCUCGACGCCGCCGAGCGCGUCGCCGCCAUCGGCAAUGGAGACGACCAGCUCGUCCCGAACAGCACUGAUCAUUGACGGAUCGUACGCGAUGAUUGGAGCUCGCAGCUUGGGAGGCAAGAUCGACUAUGUUAAGCUCCGUUCGGCAUUGGAAGAGCAGGCGUUGACGCAGUUUGGAGAUUGUUGGUUCUUCGACCAGAAUCCGUCUGCGCAGAGGGUUAAUCCAGCUUUGACUGCGGAGUACCACAUGCUGAAAUUUGCACCACCAGAUGGACCACAGUUCCAGGUCAGCUUGUUUCCGAUGAAAAAGUACGGCUGCCAUUGCAGGAGAUGCGGCAACCUGUUUACGCAGAAUGUGCAGAAGGGUGUUGACAACGGAAUUGCAACCAAGAUUUUGUCUCUCGCCUACGAAGAUAUUUGCGACCGCUUUAUUUUGUUUGCGGGUGAUGGCGAUUUUUAUAGCUCACUGAGCCACGUCCGAAAUGUACUGCGGAAGGAUAUCUGGGUAAUGGGUUAUAGGGGUACUGUAUCCGGAGACCUCCAACAGCUAGCCUCGCGCGUGAUUUGGAUGGACAGCUUGUGGUCCAAAGUGAAGAGCAGUCAACACGACACCAGUUCUUACGAUCAAGGACGUAGAGAUGAAGGAAGAAAAGACAGAGGGCGGAGGGAUGAAGUGCCGUGGUUUGAGGAUCACCAAGGUGAAGAUUUCCAUCACAGUGACGCCUCAUCUUCGUCGUUCGAUGAAGGAAAAGACGCGGGUAGUGGCCGCCAUGUAGUUAUUGCACCUCGCUCGAACCAAUGGACACGCAGGAGAGGUCGUGGUCGUGAUUGGCGCUCGAGCGGGAGAGGUCGGAGCAAACACGGUUGGCGACGCAGCCGUUCUCGAUCGAAGGAGCGGCCUCGCGGCGAACAAAGCAACAAUGCAGUCACUGCUAGAAAUGAUGCCGCAACAACAGGAUCUCAGUCGGGAACGGCAAAAAGAGAGAAAGUGUCGUCGUCUGCAGGAAGACGUGGGGCUGAUGGGAAAAGGCGAAAAAGAAAUGGCACAGACAAGAAUGGGCAAAAGCGGUCAAGACAAGAAGCAUGUGGGGACAAACGAGUAGAUGGUUUACCAGUUAUCACACUCUCGGACUUUAGUUCGGACGAGGAUGUCGGCGAGGCGUUUCCAUCAGCUGUGCCACUGGAAUCCAUGACAAAGGCACCGUUUGCAGCGCAAGACCGUGAUUCUGUGCUGGAUGAAGUCAUUGAUCUUGCUCUCGAUUCGGAAAGUGAGUAA